AGUGAAGGCAGAGUGGUCACAUUCAGCUUUGACUGAGAGCUCGACAGUUACCGCUGGAUUGUUCUUGGAAUACAAUCAUGAAACUGCUUCAGGAUUCAGAGGACGCAAAGGCCAAAAGAAAGAGUCUCAAACCUCAGGUGGAGAGACGUCGGAGAGAGCGAAUGAACUGCAGCCUGGAGAGCCUGAAGACUCUUUUGCUGAAGCGACAGAAAGGGACUGAGCGCAGAGUGGAGAAAGCAGAGAUACUUGAGCACACAGUCCUCUUCCUGCAGAACACAGGAGACCGGACAGGCGCUGAAGGUGGUGGUGGAGGCCAGAAACACUCCUUCCAGGACGGGUUCUCAACCUGCCUGCAGAGAGCUGCUCAGUUCCUGGGACCUGAAGGGAAAGGCCUGUGGCUUGGAGCAUCGCUGGAGGCAUCUGUUGCUGCUGCUCGCUUCUCUCAUUCAGACUCUGCAGGCGUCCAAAGGAGAACUGAAGCUCUUUCCUUGUCCAGGCCUCAGCUUCUCAGAAAGUCCUCCAGGUCCAUCCUUCAGUUGCUGAUACAGAAGUCCGGGAACACACUGUGCAGGCCUGCCCUCACCAGGGCCGGUUGUGUUCAGAUCCGUGCAGACUCACACCAUCCUUCCACAACCCCUCAGCAGCCCCACAAAGUGGCGAGUCGAUUAAGCAAACAGAGCCCGUCCAGGAGCCAACCGGUCAGCCAGUCACUGUGGAGGCCCUGGCCCUGAUCACCACGCAGUGAUUUGAAAAACUGAACUUUUGAUGACUUCAACAACAACUGACUAAUAUUGACUGGUGCCAAUUCUUCCUGAAAGAGCAUUUGCAUUGUAGUCUUCUCAUCAGCGGCCUCUGGUCUUCGGAUAAAUCAUAACCACACUGUUGUUCAUGCUAUUUAACCGCAACCUCAAGGCCUGUAAAUAAUGUAAAAAUCUCAUUUGUACAUGUGCUGUAUGUGUGAUAGGGCUGACUCACUACUCUUGUUUAAUGGUUCUGAAUGAGGACAGUCAGUGGGGCAGCCAUCUAUUCUGCCGACAGGCAUAGGGACUCUCCCACACCAGGACAAACGUGAGCUGGAUCACGUGGCCGAGGCCGAGCUGUCUGGCUUGGACUGCAGCUGUGCUGGAGAGCGAGUUUAGAGGUGUGGGACCUCAGGGUUGGAGGCUGGGAGAGCCCGGGCAGCACCUCACAUUCACCUGUGUGCCAUGAUGUCUGCUGGCGUCGCUGCCACCUGUGGCUCUGUGAACAAUGCAGCUUGUAUUCUCUUUGUAUUUUAUAUAUCUUGUCUA